AUGAACAAGAUAAUAAUGAUUAGAUUUGAGACAUUAGAUCAAAGAAAGCUGAAGGGCUGCCUUAGUAAGCCUUCCAUAGUUUCACCGAGGGUUAUAACUCAGAACUACCAGCAUAUUCUUGCCUUGGUCUUUGCCAUAAAGGAAAUCAAUGAAGAUCCCCAUAUCCUACCCAAUAUCACCCUCGGAUUCCAUAUCUAUGAUAGCCAUAGCAAUACCAGGUGGACUUGGAUUGGAUUUUACACUGCAACUGGAAUUAAUCCAGAAUGGAUUUUUCAAGUUAUGGUUCCAGAAUUUGCCACUCAUGGCAUUUGCUUUGAUUUUAUAGAGACAAUCUACAAUGUAGGCAUGGAUAUUGACUUUGGGGGUAUAAAGAAAUGGGCAUUUACAAUAUGGAAUAGAAUCAUGACCAGCACAGCCAAUGUAUUUCUCCUGUUUGGUGAUCUUCGCACUCUUGUGGUUUUUGACUGGUUGCUUUCUAUAGAACAAGACAGUGAGAUAACAAACAGUAUAAAGGGUAAAGUGUGGAUUUUGAUUGUCCAGUUAGAGCUUAAAAACUAUGGUAAUGAAGAAGAACUGAAAGUUGCUAAGCAGGUCUACCAUGGUGCUUUAUCCUUGGCUGUCCAUUCCAGUGAGCUGCCAGGAUUUCAGGAAUUUAUUCAGGAUAGAAAGCCUUCCAAUGCAAAAGAAGAUUAUUUCAUAAGGGACUUUUGGUCUUACGGUUUUGGCUGCACCUUCCCCAACUGGGUUUUGAACCAUACAAACAGUGGUUUCUGCUCUGGACUAGAGAGACUGGAGAAUGUUCCUGAAAAAUAUUUUGAAAAAAACAUUACUGGACAUAGCUAUAGCAUCUAUAAUGCUGUCUUUGCUGUGGCUCAUGCUUUGCAUGUCAUGUAUUCAUCCCAAUUCAAACACAAAAGAAUGGUGGAGAAGGAGAGAUUUACAUUUCUGCUUGAAAAGCCAUGGGAGCUCUUCCAUUUUCUGAAACAAGUGUCUUUUAAUAAUACCAUAGGGGACAAAGUUUCCUUUGAUCAGCAUGGUAUUUUUCUAACAGCAUUUGAUGUCAUGAACUGGGUUUUGUUUCCAAACCACUCUUUUACUAGAGUAAAAGUUGGAAUGAUCAAUUCUCAACAUCAAGGACAUCAAAAAGUCAUUAUGAAUGAAAAACCCAUUGUAUGGCACUAUUGGUUUAACCAGGUGCAACCUCUCUCAGUUUGUAAUGACAAGUGCCAACCUGGUUACAGGAAGCAAAAGAAAGAAGGGGAGCUCUUCUGCUGCUAUGAUUGCAGUCCCUGCCCAGAAGGCAAAAUUUCUGAGUGGGAAGAUAUGCCUGAUUGUGUUGAGUGCAAAGAUGAACUUUAUCCAAACAAAUAUCAGAAUAUCUGCAUCCCCAAAAUUGUAACCUUUUUAUCCUAUAAAGAACCUAUGGGGAUGGGUUUAGCAACUGCAGCUCUUUUCCUUGCUCUGAUCACUGCUAUUUUGCUAAAAACAUUUGUACUAUAUCACAAUACUCCCAUUGUCAAAGCCAAUAACCGAGACCUCACUUUCACUCUUCUUAUCUCUCUUCUGCUUUGCUUCCUUUCUACAUUGCUUUUUAUUGGGCAACCUCAGAAAGUGAUAUGUGUCCUGCAGCAAUCAGUUUUUGGCAUUGUCUUUUCAGUGGCUGUUUCUUCAGUAUUGGCCAAAACCAUCACUGUGGUUCUGGCAUUCAUGGCCACCCAACCAGGGACAAAGAGGACUAGAUGGAUGGGGAAAGGGCUGGCCAGUUCCAUUGUUAUUUCAUGUUCUCUUCUUCAAGUAGGCAUUUGUACCAUGUGGCUUUCAACUAGUCCCCCAUUCCCAGAUGCUAAUAUGCACUCAGGAAUGGGUGAAAUUACCCUGCAAUGUAAUGAGGCAUCUCCUAUCAUGUUUUACACUGUGAUUGGCUACAUGGGCUUUUUAGCCAUUGCCAGCUUCAUAGUAGCUUUUUUUGCCAGGAAUUUACCUGAUACUUUCAAUGAAGCCAAAUUUAUCACUUUCAGCAUGUUAGUGUUCUGCAGUGUGUGGUUAUCAUUUGUUCCAACCUAUCUGAGCACCAAAGGAAAAUACAUGGUUGCUGUGGAGAUUUUCUCUAUUUUAGCUUCCAGUGCUGGAUUGCUGAGUUUCAUAUUUUUCCCCAAAUGGUACAUUAUUGUUGUCAGGCCUGAACUGAACAACCGAGAGCAACUUAAAUGGAGAAACCACUGA